CCCUCUUGAAAUCCAGGCUGGGAUGUCUCUUUUUAUCGUCUCACGUUUUCCGCUUUCUCACCUCGCUUUGCUUUUUCUCAAGAGAGAGAGAGAGACGAACAUCACAAAGUACGGACGGCCGAGAUUUCACCCUUCUCUCGUGUGCCGGAUCCAUGGCAGUUUCUCACCCACAACUCUAGGGCACAUCAAAACCUCCUCUUUUUAGGUCAGAAGAUAUCCCUUUUCCUAUUCUUCUUCUUCUUUGUCUCUCUCCUUCUCACCAUCUUAUCUUCUGGGAUCUGGUUCGAGGAAGGGAGAAGAAAAUAACCCUAGAAAAAAAGAAGAAGAAGACAGAUUUGAGGCCCUAGACGUGGAAGCGAUCGGAUUCAUCUCGACCAUUCCUUUUUCUCUUGCGCUACGCUGAUGCCCUUGACUGUUAUUUCAUGCCUCCCGAACCAUUGCCUUGGGAGAGUAGGAAGGAUUUCUUCAAGGAGAAGAAGCAGCAGGAGCAGCAGCUGCACGAGAGGCUGUCGUCGGAUGCUGCCGUAGGUUCUGCUGCCAGAUGGAGGGAAUCCCCCUACCGCGGAUCCCACGAUUUCGUUCGUGGGGGCUCGGCUGAUGGCAAGCCUUCAGGUCCUAGUAAGCAAGGAAGUUACCAGACGCUCUUUCCAGAAGAGUCUGGUCAUGGACGAACUCCGACCCGAUCGAGUGACCGGAUGGUCGACGAAGAGAGCUGCAGGCCUUCUGCAUCUCACCCAGAAGGAAGAUAUGGUAGGAACAAUAGAGGGGAGAACAAAGGAUCUUCCAGCUGCCAGAAGGACUGGAAAGGGCAUCACCGCCAUCGCCAUUCAUGGGAGGCUGGUGAUGCCUCUGCAAUGAACUCAUUUGGCAGCCGACAGCACAGUGUAGUAAGCUCUCAGAGGUCAGUCGAUGAUCUGCUAGCAUAUGCAUCUCACCCCCAUUCUGACACUGAAAACUUGGCAUGGGAUCCACUCCACUCCAAAGAUCACCAUGAUAAGAUGAGUAGUGUCGAUCCCCUGGGCACAGGCCAUAUUUAUGAUAAAGAUCUCGCUUGGAAGCCUCUGAAGUGGACGCGUUCUAGUAGCUUGUCAUCUCGUGGUUCCGGUUUCAGCCACUCAACAAGCUCGAAGAGUAUAAAGGCCGAUUCGGAAGAUGGACGGCUUGAGUUACCGCCUGGGAAGGCAACUCCAGUUCGGUCCCCUUCUGGGGACGGUGGUAUGGGUGUGAUGUCUGCUGUGCCAUUGGAAGAAACCUGUUCACGGAAGAAGCAGCGCCUUGGAUGGGGCCAAGGUCUGGCAAAGUAUGAGAAAGAGAAGGUUGAAGGACCUGAGGAGGUUACUAGAAAGAUUGGAUCACUUCUAGGCUCCAAUAUUACACAAGCUGUUAAUAUUUGUGGCGUUUCGAGCUUGCCUGAUAGAAGCCCAAGAGUUACCGGUCUUUCGGAAUGCAUGUCGCCUGCAACUCCAUGUUCUGUUGCCUGCAGUUCAUCACCAGGUCUGGAGGAAAAGCCUUAUAUCAAGGUGGCAAAUAAUGAUAUCGAUGUUAGUCAUUCCAGUGAUUCACCAGAUCAUGACUUUCGAAAUUUCCCUGAGGAAUUCUCUAUUAACCUGGAGAAUACGGAGCUUAAUCCACUGAAGAAAAUAAGUUCUCUGCUUGUCCAGUUGCUACAACCUGAGGAUGUGACCUUUGGAGACUCGAAUUUUAUGCAGUCUACUGCUUUGAAUAAGUUGCGUUUAUUAAAGACUGAUUUUUCAGAGGCACUGGUGAAGACUCAAUCUGAAAUUGAUUUGUUUGAAAAUGAAUUGAAGUCUCUGGAUAAGGUAUCUGAAGUCAAUGUUUCUUGUCCAGUUCCAUCCAAAUCUAUUCAAGCUGAUAUUGCAGUAAAGUUUUGUAAAGAACAAGCAGAUUCGGCUUCAAAUUUUGUGGUGGAGCCUCUUUUGUGUAAUGACCCCUUAGAUGUCUGCGCUGAUAUUAAGGACGAGAAUAUUGAUAGUCCAGGAACUGUUACAUCUAAAUGUGCAGAAGUGCUUUCACUGGUGACUGAAAUUUCUGCACCCGAUAUGGUGAAAGCAGAUGAGCAUUCUGCAGAUGUGGAAGCACCAACAUCAACAGCCCUGGGAGAGCAGGAUUUCAUGCAAUUUCACAGGAGAAGCUCAGCAGCUUUAAAUGGUGACAAAGAUGGGACCUGCCUAUGUGAGAGCAGUAAAGGUCCUGACUUUUGCUCUGGGGAAAGCUUGUAUAGGGAGGUUGAUAGUACUUUUUCCGCAUUCAUUUUGGCUUCCAACAAGGAUUCUGCAAGAAAAGCAUCAGAAGUAUUUGAUAAAGUUCUACCAACCAGUCAACCUGAAUUCGAUAUUUGCCAAGCAGUGAACAGUGUGUCAUGCAGGCAAAACAACAUGCAAAUUAAGGAAAAGCUUGCCAUGCAUAAGCAUUUUCAAAGAUUCAAAGAACGGGUUCUUACUCUGAAGUUCAGGGCAUUUCACCACUUGUGGAAGGAAGAUAUGCGGUUGCUUUCUCUAAGAAAGUACCGGGCAAAACCACAAAAACGGGUUGAACCAAGUGGCCGCUCAUCACACAGUGGGUAUCAAAAACAUCGGUCAUCCAUUCGCUCUCGAUUUACUUCGCCUGCAGGUAAUUUAACUCUGGUUCCCACCACUGAGAUUGUAGAUUUUGCUAGCAAGCUGCUAUCAGAUUCCCAGAUUAAGCUUUACCGGGAAAGUCUGAAGAUGCCUGCUUUGAUCUUGGAUGAGGAGAGGAGACAUACAAGGUUCAUUACAAGUAAUGGACUCAUUGAGGAUCCUUGUGCUGUUGAGAAGGAAAGGUCAAUGAUCAAUCCAUGGACCCCAGAAGAGAAGGAAAUUUUCAUGGAUAAGCUGGCUACAUUUGGGAAGGACUUCACAAAAAUUGCUUCCUUUCUCUGCCACAAGACAACUGCAGAUUGCAUUGAGUUUUACUACAAGAACCAUAAAUCAGAAAGUUUUGAGAAAAUAAAGGAAAGGCUGGAGCUCCGAAAGCAGGGGAGGUGCUUCCCUAGCAAUGCAUACCUGGUAACCUCAGGAAAGAAGUGGAAUCGCGAGGUGAAUGCUGCUUCUCUUGAUAUGUUGGGUGCUGUAGCAGCCCAUGCUGAUGACAGCAGCAGGAAGACUCAGCAGUCAUGUGCUGGUAGAUCUAUUCUGGGAGGUCUUUAUGACCAUAAAAUGUCUGGCAGGGACAGCAUUUUAGAAGGGGCAACCAGUGGUGAUAUUCCGGGGACUGAGAGUGAAGCUGCAGCUGCCGACGUGCUGGCCAGUAUCUGUGGUGGUCUAUCUUCGGAAGCAAUGAGCUCUUGUAUCACUAGUUCGGUCGACCCUGGGGAGGGUUUUCAGGAGUGGAAAGGCCAAAAGAUAAACUAUAUGAUAGUGGACAGACCUUUCACACCCGAAGUAUCCCAUAACAUUGAUGAAGAAGAAACUUGUUCAGACGAAAGCUGUGGGGAAUUGGAUUCCGUUGACUGGACAGAUGAAGAGAAGGCAACAUUUAUUGUGGCUCUUAGAUCUUAUGGCAAGGAUUUUGCGAGCAUCUCGUGCUGUGUCAGGACCAAGACGAGGGACCAAUGCAAAAUCUUCUUCAGUAAGGCUCGGAAGUGCCUUGGCCUGGAUCUGAUUCAUCCAGGUCCUGACAAUGAAGAAACUCCAAUGAGUGCUGCUAGUGGAGGAAGGAGUGACUCUGAGGAUGCUUGUCUUGUGGAGAUGGAUUCGACAAUCUGCUGCAGCACCCAAUCAUGUUCCAAAAUGGAUGUGGAUUUGCCCCCGUCUGUUGUGAUGGCCAAGUGCAGUGAAGGAUGCGGAGCUGGUAAUGACCUCCUUCUGCAGUCUGAGGAUAUAUCAAGUGGAAAGGAUGAUGUAGGCAUCUCAAAUCCAGACGAACUUGACACAGGGAGGAUAGAAGAACCAGAUCAUGGUGGCAAUGGAUCUCAGCAAGCCCCUAAGCUGGAAUCAUCUUUUAAUGGCAAAGACAAAUUGUUAAAGGGAGAUGAGUCUCAGUCUGGUAUUGUACAAGAACUGUCGCAGAGGGAUGAAGCAGCUACAGCAUCUGCUGUACUGGACUGUGACCUGCCUGUGCAACCUCCUCAUAAUAGUGCAGAUGAUUCUUUGGUUGAUUCAGAAUCCAAGGAACAUGAAACUUCCCAGGUAAGAUCAUCCAGUCUGGCCGAAUCUGCCUCUGUGGAAGGGCCAAGAGGACUUGCCCAAUCUAGAUCAUAUGAUGUGGUCGAGUUCAAACAGGGGGUUGAACCAGGUACAUCUGCUGAGGGGCUUAAGACCAAAGCAGGGGCACUCGACCAGGGGAUUGAAUUGGGUACAUCUGCUGAGGGGCGUAAGACCAAAGCAGAGGCACAACUUACGGUGCCUGAAACUACUACUGGUUUGGAUGAUAGCAAGGUUGCAAAGACUGGUUCAUUAGAAGCAACUAACUGCAGAAGCGGCUUAGGUUGCCCCAUGCCAGAUUCAACCACAGUGUCCAAUCAUCCAGAAAUGGAGAUGACUGCUUGCCCAGGUUUCAGUACUGUCCCCAACCACCAGCAUCACGUGUCACUAAAACUGCCUCCUUCCCGGGAAAAGAAGCCCCACAUCAUCUCAUGGCCGCAGAAUGGGCAUUGCUCCUCUGAGCUUGCAAACGUGGCAUUGCAAGAUUCAUCAACUGCCAUCAUUGAUCAUGAGGACCCUCUUCAUCAGCCUACCACACAAUCAAUUCUUAAUUUUGAGGAGCAUGGGAUCAAUCAGCAACAGAAAUCUGACUGUGUUGAUUUUCGACAACAAUAUCCGCCGUUGCAAAUUCUUAAGGGCUACCCUUUGCAGAUGUCAAACAAGAAUGAGAUGAAUGGGGAAUUAGCUUCGAUCGGUGAAAAGCCAGUCCUUCAAAAUUAUCAAAAGAUGAGCAGGAAUUCCCAUUCCAGUCGGUUCAUUUUUGUGCCAGAUUCCUACACUGAGAAAUGCAAUGGUUCCAAGUCCCCCAUCCAUUCAGCUUCUUCUGAACUUGCAUUUCUGCCCAGGACUGAAAAAUCAGAAAGUAAUCUUGGAUCCUGCUCCCGGAGUUUGGAUAAGCAGGCGACAAUGAGUUGCUGUGAGGCAGAAAAGCAAUCUCCAGGGAUUGGUGACUUCAAACUCUUUGGUAAGAUUCUCAGCCAUCCGCCAUCUUCGAACAAAGUGAAUUGCCCAAAAGAAAAUGAAAAUGAGGACGAGUCCCCUUGCAAAUCAAACAAGUCUUUUAUCAGCUCCAACUCUGAACAUGGAACGGAUGGAACUUCAAUCAAAUCAAAGAAGCUUCAGUCUAGUAGCAGCAGCUGCAUGGGUGUGGAGGAAUUUCCAAUUAAGAGCUAUGGGUUCUGGGAUGGGAGCAGGAUACAGACUGGUUUUUCUUCGCUGCCAGACUCUGCCAAGUAUCUGGCAGCAAUCAGUGAAUAUCCGAUGCCUGUAUGUAGGAUAGAUCAGCGGCCACUGCCAGCAGCAGUGGUCAGGAGAACUGAACCGAGCCUGGGAUCCCUGUCGGUUUCCAACAUGAACGGAGGAGGAUUGACUGAUUUUCAGCAGGCAUACAGGAGUGCUGAUGGGGUGAGUGUGCAACCCUUCUCAGUAGUGGAUGCGAAGCGGCGGCAGGACAUGUCUGAGUUGCAGAAAAGGAAUGGGUUUGAAACGAUGUUGGGAUUUCAACAGCAGCAGAGCAUGGGGGUGGUUGGGAUGAAUGUCGUGGGGGGAAGAGGAAUCCUAGUUGGAGGAUGCACUGGAGUAUCAGACCCUGUGGCAGCGAUAAAGAUGCAUUUUGCCAAUGCCGAAGCAACACGGUUCGGUGGUGGUGGUAGCGGUGGCGGGUCUGUUGGAGUGAUUAGGGAAGAUGAGUCAUGGGGGAGAGACGUAGGUAGGUAGGUAAAAAAGAUUUUAAAAAGAAAAAAAAAAUGUAGAAAGAAAGAAAGAGGCUGGGGUGUUUGGGUUGGGUGGUUUGGUGGGGUGGGGUGGGGUGGGGUGAGUUGGCUAGAAGGCUCGCACGGCAUGGUGGUAGUGUUGCCGUGACUUGUAUAAUAGUUGUGUAACCUCAAUGAAAUGAAACGGAAAAUGGAUGGGGUUUCUCUACCUCUUUCGUUGUUUUUUUUUUUUUUUUUCUUUUCCUUUUU